AUGUUUUCCAAGCUCUCCGCUGUCUUUGCAGUUUUUGCGAUCGCUGCGCAGGUCGCCUUCGCCUCGCCUCCAGCCUGCCUGAUUGGCGCUGUCAACACCCAGGAUAACCCUCAUGACAUUAAGGGUGUAUGCAGCGGCGACGCGGCGAAGGAGGUCGCGAAAUCGAUUGGCGCCAACUGCGGCGAUGCAAAGGACGACGCGACCAAGUGGUUCACUUCGGUCUGCAAAGAUGCUGGUGUGACCGUUUCUAUGUCUUCCUCGGAGUCGACCACCAAGUCCUCCUCCAAGUCAUCUUCGACCGAGUCCUCAGACUCUUCCUCAACAAUGUCAUCCGGACCGACCACUACUGGCGACAGCACAGCUUCGGCCAGUGUUGCACCAACUGCGACUGGCAGCGACUCACCUGACUCUACAGGUAUGGCUUCGCGCGUGGGAAUGGACAUGCUUGGUUUGGCAGCUGUGGGUAUCUUCGGAGCUAUGAUUGUGCUGUAA